CUUAAAGCAAAAAAAAAAAAAAAAAAUUUUCCCAAUCGUUGGUUAAAAAGAUUUUCGACAAGUAUUUGCUAUUUUGUUAAUAAUAUUUGAAGAAUUAUAUAUAUAUAUGACGAAUUUUAAUAGACAAAUACAAUUGCUACAAUUACUUUAUUUCGAUGAUAAAUAUACAACUCAAUAUUUCAUCUCAUGGAUAAGAUUUUUUUUUUGAGUUUUUUGAGGAACUACGCAGUUUGGAAUUCAGCCAAUAAAUUAAUUACCACGAGGAUGGAAUAUAAAAAUUUUUACGAUAAAUUGGAUUUUUUGAAUAAUGGAUGACUCAUCUUGAGUUUGACAGUUUCUUUCAGAAGUGCAAAUAUUUGCCUGAAAUAUUUCCUAAAUGAACUCCAGAUUCAUUGGCUCGACUAUAAAAAAAAUGUUAUCGGCAAUCUACUGAUUAAAUGUGCAUUUGAAAUGAUGCGAUUGACGUUAAGGGAUUAUAUACACAGUUUGGAAAAGCAAAACCGUGUUGAGCUUGCGCGCAAGCACGGGAUCCUGUGCUUUUGUAUAACAUUCAGUGGGACAUCGUGAGAGGCAAGUGUCGGACGUUAUCAUCCCUCUUCAAUCUUAAGUGUGCUCCCCGAGAAAAAUUAUUAUCUCAAAAAAGAAAUUCCUAUACUUGAUUCUUGAACAAAAUUCCUUUUGUUGCGAUAAAUUCUCAAAGGCAUAGAAAAAAGUAAAGAGCCAUUUGGCUCUUUGUUUAUUUAUUCAAGAUUGCUCUACCGUCAGAUUCACCUCGAAAAAUGAAGGCGCGGAAAAACCGUGAGAAAAUUGAGAUGGAGAAUAAAGAGGCUGAACUUGAAGAUCUCGGGGGCGUUUUAGGGGGUUCUGGGGGGGCCUUAACGCUUGGGGGUCGUCACAGGCCAGAGGAAUUGGCCACCCUUGCUGCCACCACGAGGUUCACAAGAAAGGAGAUCCAAUUGAUUUAUCGGGGCUUCAAGCAGGAGUGCCCAACUGGACUUGUCGAUGAGGAGGCCUUCAAGAAAAUAUUCUCUCAAUUCUUUCCCCAGGGCGAUGCCAGUCAAUACGCUCAUUACGUCUUCAACACUAUGAAGAGGAAACAAUCUGGCAAAAUUAGUUUUGAAGAAUUUUUAGCGAUCCUUUCGAAGGUGUCAAGGGGCUCAGUGGAAGAGAAACUCCAAUGGGUGUUCGGACUUUAUGAUUUGGAUGGCGAUGGACUAAUCAGUAAAGAAGAGAUGCUGGACGUCGUGGAAUCAAUUUAUGAGAUGCUUGGUCGUUACACGCAACCCCAAAUUGCUGAGCCACAAGUUGCAGCACGAGAGCAUGUCGAACGAAUAUUUCACCAAAUGGACACAAACAAAGAUGGAGUUGUAACAAUCGAGGAAUUGGUCCAGUGGUGUUCUAAAGACGAGCAUCUUCUUCAAAGCUUGGACACUCUCGACACAGUCUUAUGAGAACUUUACUCAUUAUCGUGAAUUAAAAAUCACAAUUCUAAUUCCCAUUCUCCUUUAAGUAAAAAAUAUAAAUAAGGCGUUAAAAGAUUAUUUACGAAUACUAUACAGAAAAAAAAUUAUUUUCAAUUUUCCGAAUUCUAAUAAUCAAAUUUACUGAAUUUCCACAUGCUAAUAAUAUAUUAUAUUCAUUUUACUCUUUAAAAAAAUAGUUCUUUGAAAAAAUUCUAAUAAUACUUCAAAACUCUAUCUAAUGAAAAAAAACUCUAUCUUAAAGAAUAAUCUUAAUUAAUUAGAAAGAUUAAGAAAAUAAUUCAAUGAAAUUAAAUAAUUUCAAUGAGAUUGAAAUUUUUGAAAUUUCGAAAAUCUAUAAUUAUUGCAAUAAAAAAAAUAAGAUUUAAAAUAAAAUUAUUCAUUUUUCUAAUAUUCGAUGUACAAUAUUAUAAAAAUUAACUACUGUGUCUUUCAUGAGAAAUACAAACUUUUUCACGUUUAAAAUCAAUUUUUAACGCGAUACAAACUUGUUGAUGUUAUGAAAUAUUUAACAAUAGAAUGAAAAAUUUAUUCUACUUAAAAUAGUAAACGGUUUUCAAUUAUUGCCAAGACGAAAAUUGAUCGUUAAAUUUAAUUAUUAAUAUUACAAGUUUUUUUGAAGGAUUUUAAUUAAUUUUUCAAAUUAUUUAAAUUACAUUCACGUAAAUUUAUUCAUUUGCCAAAUUAUUUAUUUUUGUCCUAUUCGUUUAGAAUAGAAUAGGAAUAAUUAAUUUAGAUAAAUUUAUUUUCAGUUUAAUUUGGAAAAAAAAAUGAAAAGAAAAGCUUAUUACAUAAAAAAGUUUCUUUGUAAAAAUGUUGUCAUAUUUUGAAAAUCUGCGACAAAUUGAAAAAAGAAAGCUUUCUUUAAAAACAAGAAUUUUAAGAAUAAAUUUUCAAAAUGAAUUCGUAAAAUAUUUUUUUACGCCUUUUUGUAAAUAUGUACGUACCUUUUACCCACCCAAGUCUUUCAAAAAUGCUUUUCGUUACACGAUAAAAUGCUAUAUUUGCUGAUAGAAGAAUUUGACGAGACUCUUGUCUCUUUACGACAAAAAAAAAUAUUUAAAAAGAUAUACUAUAUAAAAGAUAAAUAACUAUAUACAAAAAAAAAAAAGAUUGAGAAAUAUUUUCCUGAGAUAUUAAAGAAAAAAAAAAUGAAACAAAGUAUUGUCAGUGAUGUAGUUCGGAAUCUGAACAGGGUAAUUUUUUAGAGUCACAGUAUAAAAAAAUUGUUUUGAAUUUAAAAUUAUUUCAAGUAUUUAAAAUGUUAAAUAUUUAAAAAUUAUAUUGAAACUAAAUAAAUAUUUUUAGAAAAAGUAAAUUUUAAGUAAAAUAAAUAUUUUAUUUAAAAAUUAAAAAGAACAUUAUAAAGUAUUUGUACUUGAAAACUUUUUUUUCCAAUCGUCAGGUAUAAUUAACUUUUGAGGUUUUAAGUAAAUAGUUAUUACUACAUCACUGGCUCGUAUGCCAUAAAAAAUGUCUUUCAAAUUUUUGCCAAAUAUUCCAUAAAUUAAAUGGUCAUUGCCAAAUUUUUGUUUUAUUUAUCUUGAUUUUUUUUUAUUCAUACAAAUUUUAUAUGUAUUUAAAUAUAAAGUAUACACUGUUGUAUUUUGACAGGAAAUUUUAUGUCUAAAUGCAAAAAAUGAAAAUGAUAAUCUACAAAUUUUCAUAGAAAACGGAAAAAUAAAUCCGUUACUAAGUAUAUAAAAAAAAUAUUCUAAAGAUAUUUUGGCAAUGACACUAAUAUUAUAACAAAAUACCUAUUGUUUUGAAACUAUUUAACAAAAGUUGAAUGUGCUAAAGAAUUUAACAAACUGUUGAAACAAUUUCAGAUUUUAAAGAAAGAAUAUUAAAAACUUUAAAUAUUUAAAGAAAAAUUGUUUAGAAACAAAUUAUUUUCAAAAAUUAUGAAAAACAAAUUAUUUUUAAAAAUUAUAAGAAACAAAUUAUUUUUAAAAAUUAUGAAAAACUUAAUUACAAUUUCUUUAAUUUAUUUUACUAUUGAUUUGAAACUAAUUCAAAUAUAGAAAAAAGAAAACUUAUUGAACGAAAUGAAACGCUAAAACCUUGUGUGAUUUUCCUGUACCUCGAGUAUUAUAAAAUAUAUUGUAUUUAAAUAUAUUAUAAUGAUAGAUUGAUUAAAUUAUAUUAUUACUCAAA